AUGUUCCACAACGAUAUUCUGUAUCAUAUUUUUUCUUUUUCAUUGCUUCCUUUAGUUCAAUUCCGAUAUUCUCUUGUUUGCAAACAAUGGUAUGAAUUGGCUCAUAAUGAAACCUUUAUACGGAAUUAUUGUGCAGAAACCGAAAAAGGCUUGAAUGAAUUAUUGAAUCCAACUCAUGGCGAUUUGAUGAAAUAUAUCUUUGAUUGGUCCGAGUUCAUAUGUCAUACAUUUCCCGAAGAAUAUGAGUGGAUGAGAAAGUUGAAACGAUCCAUGGAGAUCAGGAAUCUCACUGAAAUUGAUAUGACUCAAAUUCUUUCAAAAUGCUCUCCUCAAAUUUCUCAGCUUAUACAAGACUCCUCAAAAUUAAUUACCUUGGAUAAUGGAGCUGGAAGACAAGUUUCAUUAUUUACUGUCUUUAAACAACCUUUUUCAACUUUUACUUUACAAGCACUGAUUAACGAAAAUGGGCAAAUGUUGUCUGUGAACGAGUUCGACAAAGCAUCAAGCGUGAAAACAUGUGAUAUGCGUUAUAAUUUUUAUUACUAUGGAUGGGGAGAUGGAGAGGACGUUUCAUCAACGGGAGUUGAGUGGUUUUGUGAUCAAUUUAGUCAUUUGAACGCCUCGGUAGGACACAGUUUAUUGUUUAUCAUUUUCGAGUUUAUUACAAAAUUCGUGCCUGAGAGAAAUAUUUAUCUAUGUGACCUCGAUGAAUCGACAAAUAUUGUAAAGAGGAUCAUGAAAGACAAAUCUUAUGUAAUACGUAAAAAAGCACGCUCGUUUAAGGAUUCGCUUUUGAAAAGAGAAGAAUGCCUCUCAGCAGCUUUUCGAAAUUGCAAAAUUGGUAGUUUAUGGUACAGAUUGAUGAAUUGUGGGUACACAAUGACAUCAUCACAAUUUGAAAGUUGUUUUGUUAACCAUAUUUUGGCUUCUCCCAACCAUUUACAAUUUUUCUUUAAUUAUUGUGAAUUUCAUCAUAUGAGAUUGUUUGCAGAAACCCAAAUUCUAACACGGUUUCUGUAUAUUCUUGAAAAGAGAGAACCCAUUGAAUUGUGCCGAGUGAUUAAGGAGAAUAGUUAUCCUUUCCCCAAAGAAAUUUGUUGUGACUUGGUGUGUAUUGGUAAUGAACCUCAUUACUAUCUAUUAGAUCUAAUCAAGGGUGAUAGAUCUGAUUUUAGUUGUCCAUUCGAUUUGAGAGCAACUUUGUCACAAUCUAACACAGCAGUGUCACCAACAGAUCAAAAAAUUGUAGCUCUAUAUCAGACGUACUCGGAUCAAAAGAAAUUUGCAAAUUAUUUUUUCACCUAUUCUCACAAUUUCAAGUCUACAUCAAUAGAGCAUCGAAUUUUACCACACAAACUCACAAAGAGAAGAAAAAUCAAAGAGCAAUUUAGGCCUUGUUUGGAAAACUAUGAUGUGAUUUUGUUGUGUGCGUACGAAAUUAAUGAUAACAAAAUUGCAAACCUAUACAAGAAUAUUUUGGACGAAUUGAAAUUAAGUAGGAAGAGAGUGAUGUUCAUUUAUCAAAACGAUUACAUUCCCUAUUAUAAUUUUCACAACUUGUUCAAAACGGUUGCAGAUCUUCACAAUGUGUAUAUGAUGCAUGCACGUAGCAAUUCAUCCGUCCACAAUUUUAAGCCAUUGCACAAUUGGUUGACAAAUCCAUAA